AAGAAUUUGAAAAAUUUUCCUUGAACCACCAAAACCAAACUUGACUGACUUUUUAUCGAGCCGAUUGAAAUUCCAGGUUUCGUCCUUUUAGUUUUGGCAGCAUUCCGGCAGUAUCAAUCAUGGGAGUAAUCCACCUGGAGGUUCAGCAAUCGCCAAAAAGCACACUGACAAAAUCGGAGCUCUCUGAUCACAUUUUGAAGUGGUUUCCAACCGUUUCAAAAACCUGCACCGAUAGUCACGACUUGGAAAAAUUCAUUUUAGCUGACAAAGUAUUAAGCCAAAAUGUGGUGAGAAUUAAAUUGGAGACUCAAGAAAGCAAGCUCGAGCAAGUCCAGUGCCAUGUUUAUUCAUUGGACGAAACUGGUCCACAAACUGAUUUUAUUGAGGGAGAAGAAACGAUCCCUUCCGCUACUCACUACAUUCUUCCCUGCUCAGAGCUGGACUCGGUGUGGGACACCCUGGAGUAUGACACAGGCGUCAAAGAAGAAUUGCUCAACUUCGCCAGAACUGCCAUGCUGUUCGCGAAGCACGAGGUGUGCGAGGAUAUCAUUGGCAUCAACAGGGUUGUGCUGCUCCACGGUCCGCCUGGCACUGGGAAAACCACCCUGUGCAAAGCACUGGCCCACAAGUUGGCCAUUCGCCUCACGGAUACAUUCGAGUGCGGCCAGCUGAUUGAAAUCAACUCUCAUUCUCUCUUCUCUAAGUGGUUCAGCGAGUCGGGAAAAUUGGUGAUGCAAAUGUUCUCCAAAAUUCGUGAGCUGGUCAUGGAGCCCAACUACUUUUUGUGUGUCCUCAUUGACGAGGUGGAAUCCCUAGCGCACGCUAGAAAUGCCGGUUCGACAGACGCAGAACCAGCCGACUCAAUGCGCGUUGUGAACGCUCUAUUGACACAGAUCGACAGCAUUAGAAGAUUCCCCAACGUUUUGAUCCUGACUACCUCUAACGUGACAAAGGCCAUUGAUAUCGCUUUUGUAGACCGAGCUGACAUUAAAAAAUACAUUGGUUUGCCUUCUGCAGAUGUGCUGACCAAAAUUUACUACAGCUGUGUCCAAGAACUGAUCAAGAAAAAACUCAUCCGAGCUAAAGAGACUACUCCAGGCAACGAGUAUGUAAUGAGCAAAGAAGAGAUCGAAUAUCUCGUAAAAACCGCGAGAAAAUCUGUUGGACUGAGUGGGAGAAACGCAAGAAAGUUACCUUUCCUGGGAUAUGCCAAACACCUUGGCAGCGAUUACCCUGAUCUUUUACAGUUUUUGGCAGCACUCGACAGUGCCGUGAACGACGAGUUCAAUGACAGGAAGAUGAUUUCCACGAAUGAUAACUGAAGUUGUGGACGUAAUUUAACAAAAGGUGUAAAUUUAUUGAUCGGUACUUGAUAAAUAGAAAAAAUGGUUACAUAUUUUAUAUA